AUGUCCGACGCGCCUGGCCGUCCGACGCCAGGUCUGACCGCCUGCCCGCCGCCAGACUCUGGGGCGCCUAACCGCUCCCCCGGGCCACAGGCUGCCUGUUUCUCCGCAGUACUUGGUCCGGGGUGCCUGGUCUGUAAAGUACCUGGCUUCAGGGCUCCCCCUGGUCCACACCUGUGCCAGUGGCGACUGCCUGUCCCUGCUUGCGUAUGUUUUUGCUCUUGGGCUUGGGAUUCGAACAUCGCGAGCGCCCGCAGACCGAUCGAAAUGCUCGAACCAGACGAACCUCCGUGGAUCGGUCGUUUUAGAAGGUUCGGCAAAAUGGCCAGAGUCCCGAUUUCUAAUGUUCUUCAAAUUGUCCGCCGGAAUUUGAGAAUUCACAAUGCAAGCGCGACGUCGAGUCCUAGCGGAAGAGAAUUAGCUUAAAACUAGCAGGAAGGUUAGCAGGAUAGUAGAAUGAAAAUUCAAUUUAAUUAGGAGCAGUCUUAGAAGGUAAAAGAACUAGAAGGAAGAUGGGCUGCAUUUUAAAGGGGUACACCAGACGAAGGAAAAUCAAAAGUAGAUUUUUUUUUCACAGUUAGAAAAAACACCAAAUCCAGGGCGGACCAGAUUACCAAGCCAACGGAAUCUGUCUAGAGAUUUAGCAAGCUCUUGGGCGAGGACACUGCCAGUACAUGGGCACACUGGCUAAUUCUACUUGCAGUACCAGCACCGAAGAUUGAAUCGCAGCAAUGACUUUAUUCUACAUCACGUGGCGGGCGAAACAUCACAUCAAGCACGAGUAAUGUGUCUG